UCGUCUGACACUGAAACAUUAAAAAAAGAUCUCUGAGGCCUUGCAAAAAGAGUCUUGUUUCAUGCAGGGAGAAUUACUUUGACUUCGUGUUCAUCCUAGUAAACCAGGAACUGCCCAAGAAGUAGAGGAAUAGAUCUGAGUCACCUGGAUUUAAGAAGAACCAUGUCUCUUCCCCGACAGCUGCGAGAAAAGAGUGAUUUUGACCAGCUUCCAGAUGAUGUACCUGUUUCAGCUAAUAUUGCAGAUAUUGAAGAGAAGAAAGGCUUUACUAAUUACUAUAUGUUUGUCAUUGAAGUAAAGCUUAAAGGGGGUGGCAGAUACCUGAUUUUCCGGCGCUAUCGUGAGUUCUAUGCCCUGCACACCAAACUAGAGGAGAGAUAUGGGCCAGAGAGCAAUAACAGCCCAUUUACCUGCACACUCCCUGUACUGCCAGGAAAAGUUUUUGUUGGUGCCAAAAAGGAAAUUGCUGAGAACAGGAUUCCUAUCCUAAAUGUCUACAUGAAGAACCUACUCUGCCUCCCUGCUUGGGUGUUGAUGGAUGAGGAUGUACGGCUGUUCUUCUACCACUCAACCUUUGAUGGUGAGCAGGUGCCUCACAGACUGAGACGGCUUCGCCCACGGACACGCCGAGUUAAGAGCAUUUCAGAUCAAGUGCCUGUUUUUGACCGCACCGCAGCUCCGCGGGCUGAGGCACUGUUUGAUUUUCCUGGAACCAAUAAACUGGAACUCAGCUUCAAGAAGGGAGAUUUGAUCUAUCUACUCAGCAAAGUAAACAAAGACUGGUUAGAGGGAACUGCUGAUGGUGCCACUGGGAUUUUCCCAUGUGCUUUUGUGAAGAUCAUAAAAGAUUUACCGCAGCAGGAAGACAGAGUUAAUAAAGUUCGCUGUUAUUACUAUGAUGAGACCAUGACCAUGAUCAGGGAUAUCUCAGUGGAAGAGGAUCUGAGCAGCAUUCCAUCAUUCAAAGAUCUAAUGGAAUUGAUGAGGCAGGAGUUUAAUCAAGAUGACAUUGUUCUGAAUUACCGGGAUCCUGAUGGUGACCUGAUCCGCUUGCUCUCUGAUCAGGAUGUUGAACUCAUGGUGUCUCAGAGCAGAAGUCCCUCUGAGAAGCACUUUUUCCCUUGGAAGUUACACAUCACUCACAAAGAUGACUUGGGUGUCUACAACACUAGUCCAGGAACAGGUGCUACUCAGGCAGUAGGAGCAAUGUAAGUGGUGUAUAGAUAUCCCUCUCUGCAGGCAGUUUCCUC